CAAUAUACCCUUCUCCUCUCAAGGGUUUGUGUCAAUGCCAUGGUUUUUUGGGUUUGAGCAUAAGUGGUAGAUAAGGGUGUAUUGACAAACAUGAGUAGAUGACACCAUUUUAUGUCUAAAAGAAACUUGGCUUGAAGGAUGCUCUAAGUUCACUUGCAAUGCUUUGCAAUAUGUUUAUUUGAAAAUUUCAGAGUGGUUGAGAAUGCUUUGAUUGAAAUUCAUAUCCUUACUGGAUUUUGUAAUUCUACAGAUGGAGGAAGACUGAAAUGUUUGUCUACUUAAUUAGGUUUAUGAAAAUCUAUACUGAUUGAUGUCUAGAAUGUGAGGUUUAAUCUAUAUUGAUAAAGCAAGCUUCUUUUGAGAGUCAAAUAUUUUUACCCAUAUUAGUGUCAUAUUCAUUGUCCAUUGACAUCUAAAUGAACAAGAGAUACUCUAGGUAAUGUGACAACAUAUUUGAGCAACAUAUAGGGCAUAUAACAGAAAUCGUAAGUGGGCAAGGAUUGUCAAUUGAAUGGUUACUUUCUAUGGGUAAAUCACAUUGACUUCUUUACAUGUUAUCUAUCUCAAUACUACUCUCCACAAAAAUGUUUAACUUCAGAGUACGGAUGUUGCCCAUCGUACUAGUGCUGACGUAUCAUCACAAAUGAUUAAAUGGCUGCUUACGUCACCUACGUAAUUCAUUUUUUCUUAAUAACUUUCUGAAACAUCAUUCAUCCACAAAAAAGGAAGUUUGCAAAGACAAAAAAGGAAGUUUGCAAAGGAUGAAAUAGCAUUUACAUACUUACGCAAAUCGUAACUUUCUGUAUUUUCACAAUGGCAAGUUAUAUAAUUAAAUCGUGACACUUUUCUCGCCCCGCCCGGGGUGAUUAUGUAAUAUCACACUUUGUAAAUUUAAGGUAACUAAUCUAAUACUUUUAAAAAAAAAAAUAAAGUAACUUACUAUCACCUCAUCAACAUUAUACAUAAUCUUCCAUAGAUGAUGUAGGAUAUUGGAAUUCUUACCAUGGUUAGGCUUGGACCUCUCUAAAACAUUAUCAAUGAUUUGCCAAAUAUCAACUUCACUAACAAUGCUGUUUCCUCUGACUUCCAAAUAUCUGCACAUCCAUGAUGCCUAUAAAUAGAGGUCUCAUCUCUUGAACCAAAAGCACCAAGCAAACUUGCUGCAGUACAAUCCCAUUCUGAGCAAUACAACCAUCUCUAUAUAUCUCUCUCUCUCUCAGGGAAUACUUCCAACUCUCUGGUUUGCUACAGGCCUACAACACAAAUUCCAUUGCUUUCAUAGACUAAUAAUUCCACUCACCCUUUAUGAUUUACUGUUCAUUAUAUGCAUAUGCAUCUGCUAAUUCAUGGUUAUGUUUCAUUGCUGAUUCAAUCAGGGUGCUUACCAAGGAAGGGAUGGCUGCUGUGAAUGAAUCCAUGGGCCUGAUUGAUGUCAACCAAGUCCCACCUCCAUCAACCUUACUUGUUGCUGCCACCAUCCCAACCGAGGCCCCGACUCUCCUCCAGCACACCUUUCAGGACCCUUUCGAUGACAAUUUACUCCGAAUGAACCCAACUCAACAGAGAUCCAUCGUCCAGGGUAUUGCUGCUGACAACAAUACCAUCGCCUCGAACAAUCGAGGGAACAGCACAAGGAGGAGGACUACGGCUAAGGCUAGGACUGCUGAUGCAGAGAGCUCUAACGAAGCGAUGCAACGCAAGAUCCUUCGAAAGAGGCACAGGACUAAACACUGUGGCGAAGGCUCCCGGUUCAGGGGUGUUGUUGGCAGGUCCCUUUGGGGGUAUGAGGCAUUCCUGUGGGACAACUCUGAUCCUACUAAGAAGCCUAAAUCAGUUUACAUUGGAACAUUUGAUCAUGAGAGAAAGGCUGCUAAGGCUCAUGACUUGCUUGCUCUCAAGUUAUGGGGAACAUCUACAAUCCUCAAUUUCCCAGCGAAAUUCUACCAGAAUGAAGUGGAGGAAAUGAACACCAUGUCUGUAAGUGAAUACAUCAUGGCAAUUCGAAGAACGAGCAAUGGCUUCGUGAGAGGCACCUCUCGGUUCCGUGGAGUCUUCAGGAAGCCUUCUAAGGCGAACCCUAACGUGAUCAGGUGGCAAGCGACACUCGGUAGAGACAAGAACUACCGUGGAAUCUACCUCGGAACGUUCGAAACCGAGAGCCUAGCUGCGAGGGCGUAUGAUGUAGCAGCGAUCAGGGUGAGAGGAGCAGAUGCUGUCACCAAUUUCAGCAUUCGACGCUACAACGUGCCUAGUAUUCUCCGUCGUCAAGAACUGUAUCUUGGGAAGGGCACUUCCAGGAAGUUCCAGAACUACACAGUGGACGAAAUCCUUCGAAGGCUGCGAACCGAUGCAAACCAGACCGACUCCAAUGAAGGUUUACUAGCGCGAGUGCGACGUCUCGUGCAACAGCUGAACAUGACCCGAGGACCUGCUGUUGUGUUCCAAAAUCAUAUCCCUCCUCAACCCGUUACCACUCCUGCUCCGCUUAUGAUGAGCGGGCUUGGUGGUUCGACAGGGCAUCUGAACCAGAGCUUGAAUCUGUGCAAGGUUGAGUCAGUGGAGAGGCCGGGAGAGAAUUUUGGAGCUGCUGUGAACACUGCUGGGCUUGGAAAUGCUCGCUUCGGAGGAUCCCAAGUCGCCAGCUUCUCUUUUCCCCCGGCUGGUGGAAUUCAGACUCCAAUGUAUGACAGGGGUUUCAAUGGUCACAAUGGAGCAUUUCAACCUCCCCUCCAGCUUCUCCAACAAUUCCCUGUGCACUUCACCACCCUGCGAAUCCCGGGGGCCAUGGUCCUGCCGAGCAGCAACCAGUCUCCUCAUGGAGUUGCAGUUGCGAAUCAAAGGAUUCCUAACAUUGGACCAUCAGCUGCAAAUGGAGAGAGGUGGCUCGAUCUCUGAGUCGCAGAAUCUUCAAAUUGUGUCCUGCUCUUUGCUUCUUUUCCUGUUCUAUGUUUACCCCGUAAUCAGUUUUUGGUCUGUUAGAGUGUCAGUCUUAUCUAUGUCGUUGUAAUAGUGCCUCUAUCUCUCUGUUCCAUUUCAAUGGAACAAAGGGAGAAAGGUUAUUUAGUUUGUGUAUUGCUUCUUCACUUCCAUUACACCAAAUGGAACAAAGUGAAAGGCAAAAGUUUCGAUUUUGGCAUCAAUAAAACAUAAGCAAAGAGUCAGUCAGUUAAUCAAUUAAUCAUUCUUCCCUGCAUCGAUUCCAAACCCCGAACUAGUGCCUUGUAGUACAAGAAAGAUGACACUUCUGCUACUCUGAUUAAUUUUCUUUUUGACAGAAUUUUCAGCUUUCAUUUCUUUUCUCAUAUUUACUUCGAGUUGCUAAAGACCCAAGAAAUCACAGAGGCAAAA